UAUUUUCGGCAGCAAACUAUUUUGCGCAUGCGCCUCACGAUCACUCUUGGAUACAUGAAAUGGCGUCAGCUGCAGGUUACACCUCUUACAACCAGUCAGGAGCCCAGCAAGGGUAUGGUACCUAUGCUGUUCAGCCAGCUCAAGCCUAUGGACAGACCAUACAGAGCUACAGCCAGCAAGGAUAUGGAAUCUAUGGUCAAUCACCAGAUAGCACAUAUACUCCACCCCCAUUGAGUGUAGCUACAUAUGGGCAAGGUGCAUAUGGUCAUUCCUAUUCACAGACACCUCCAGGUUAUUAUACUAGUGCUCCAGCUGUACCACAAGGAUGUACUCAGCCAGUACAAAGUUAUAGUACUAGUAGUUAUGAUGGCACUCCAGCCCCUGUCACUUCAUCUGCUUCCCAGAGCUUUUAUGGUAGCCAUCCUGGAUAUGGUGCUUCACCUGCUUAUCCUGCCUAUGGGCAACAAACCAUAGCCUCUAUUCCAAACAUAGUUGUGGAUGGCAACAAGCCCCAGGAGAAUGUACAACCUACCCCUAACACCGGCUAUGACCAAACCAACCUGGCCUUCAACCAAAGUAAUUACCCCUUUUCCCAGGUGCCUGGUUCUUAUCCACUACAACUUGGUGCUCAGUCCUCUUACACAGCAACAAGUUACAGUGCCUCCAGUCAACCCAGCAGUUAUGAACAAACCACCUACUCCCAAACCAGCAGGUAUUCGCAACCCAGUGUAUAUGGACAAACGUCCAGUUACAACCAGCAAAGCAUUUACAGUCAACAGGGGAACUGUAGUCCACCUCCUUCAGGAUCCUUUGCACAGCAACCACUAAGACAGUACAGUGCAUAUAGCACAAGUGACAACUACUUGCAGCACAGUAGCUAUAGGCCUGAACCUACUAAAAAUAGGGGUAAAGUCUUUUCUGGGCCAGAGCAGAGUGGCUUCUUGGGCCCUGGACAGAGCAGUGAUGCGGUUGGAGUUGAAAAUCGAAGCCGCUGCAGGGGUGGACUUGACAGAGAUUGUAUAAGCCUGAACAUAGAAAGAAGGAGAGGACGUGGAGGAGUGAGCAUCGCUGGAGACAGAGAUGGCUUCAUUAAGCCUAGUGAUGCCUUGGAUAAUAGUUCAGGACCAGUAUCAGCUCUUGAAGAAACAGAGUCUGGAAGUGCUACCAUUUACAUUCAAGGGCUAAAUGAUAAAGUAAUGCUGGAGGAAAUUGCAGAUUUUUUUAAACACUGCGGAGACAUUAAGAUUAGAAGAAGUGGUCAACCUGCAAUCAAUAUCUACAUGGACAAAGAGACUGGAAAACCCAAGGGUGAUGCAACUUUGUCCUAUGCUGAUCCAAAGGUUGCUAGAGCUGCAGUAGACCAGUUUAAUGGUAAAGACUUCCAGGGAAACAAGCUUAAAGUGUCAGUGGCUCACCAAAAGGCUUUCAUGGGCGGCACAUACGGCAGCAUGUUUCCUCGUGAUGGCAGAGGACAACCGCCUGGACAUGGAAGUAUGAUGGAUCGUGGUGGUGACAGAGGUGGGCUUUCCCAGAGAGGCAGUUUUCGUGGUGGCCGACGAAGAAGUCCCUCUGGUGGAAACGCACAGCAAAGAGCCGGAGACUGGCAAUGCCCAAAUCUUGGCUGUGGCAACAAGAACUUUGCUUGGAGAACAGAAUGCAAUCAGUGUAAAGCCCCUAAGCCUGAAGGGUUCUGUCCACCUCCAUUCUAUCCUCCAGGUGGUAACCGAGGCGGGGGUAUCGCAGGCAUGCAUAGAGGAAGGAGUAUGGAGUUUGGAGGCCGUGGUGGCCGCAGAACCAGUGGAGGUGGAGAUCAGGGAGGAGGAUUGGAUGCUGAACAUGAAAUGGACAGAGAAAGGUUUAGAGGUGUAAGGAGUGGCAGCCCUCCAAUAGAACCAAUGAGAAACAGACGUAGAAGAGGUGGAACUCCUGGCAAAAUGCAGAUGAAGGGAGAUCAUCGUCAAGAUCGUCGUGAUAGACCUUAUUGAAAACCAUCUACAGGGAUUCUAAUUAACACAAGAUUUAUUUUUUAAAGAAUACAUUUUAAAUUAUUCAUAUUUAUACAGUUGCCAUUAAAUCAUUAGGUUCCAAAUUAUUUUCAUUGCUGCUGGUAGCAAAAUCAUCCUAAUAGCUUUACCAGGUGCUUUGUUGUUUUAUUUCAAGGUGUAAGUAAAAUGAGUGAUUAAUAACUGAAGAAUACAUGCUUAAUUUGCGUGUGUAGAAAAAUGAGGAAUAUGUGAUGUUAAUUUUGAAUACUUUUUAUAUUAUUAUUUAAAUUGUUUUUUUUCAUGCAUUUUCCUUAACCGUAGAAAUCUAAAUUUCCUUCUUAUGGAACAAAUUAAAAAAUAUUUUUCAAAGUUUUAAGUCUGUGGUGUCAUAUUUAAUGUUUGUUAGAAUUUACUAUGUACUUAAUGUUUUUACUUUAUGCUGGAUUGUUCCUGCAACUGGCUGCAUUAUUUAAUUGUUGAUAUUUAAUACAUGUACUUUGUCUAUGCCAGUGACAAAUAUAAGGGUGCCAGUAAACUGGCUAUGUUAAUGUAAAUUGCCGUUGGUUUAAUUCAGGGGAAAACCUUUUGACAUGGUUAAUUGGGUAAAAUAUGAAAUUUUUUGUAUGGUUUUGUAGUUGGCAUUGUAGAUUAUAAAGACAGUGUAAUAUAAUAAAACAAAGUGUCACUUUUUACUUUCA